AUGAAUCAAUAACCUUUUACUAUUUAGAAUUCUAUUCAAUAUCUUCAAUAAUAUUAAGGUUUAUUGAAUUACACUUAAAUAAAACUAACAGAUGAAAAUAAUAAUAGAUAUAAAUAUCCUGUAAAAUUAUAUAUAAUAAUAUAUUAUAAAGGUUUUAACAUUAAAUUGUGAUCAUACUAGAUUUGCAUUAAACUUAGAAACAGUUCUAUAAUCAAUUAAUUAAUAAGGAUACUUUACAUGUUCAUGUAAUAACAUCACAAUUAAGCAUCCUCGUUAAUUAUAAAAGGAUAUAAGAUGGAAUUCAAAUGAAGAAAUAAAUGAAAUUUUUGACUUUGGAGUUGUAAUUCAUAAUUACUUAUUCCAUCAAUUUUUAAGGGCAAAGAAAUUUGAUUAAGUACUUUAAUAAAAUUUUGUUCUUUAACAGAUCAAAAUACUAAUGGACUCAUAAAAUUCUAUUAAUAUUUCAUAAAUAUUGUAAAGGAUUAGUAAAAAUAAUCAAAAUCAAAUUAUUUUUAAAGUGAUUUGCUUAUUAGAUUUUGUUUAAAUUAAUUUUCCUAUAAGAUUCAUAUAGUGUCAACAUCCAGAAUGUUAUGAUUUAGCCAGUUUAUUAAUAUAUUAAUAGGAGAAUAGUAAUAAUAAUAGUUAAAAUGAUUAAUUAAAAUAAUUCAAAUGUAAAUAAAGAUAAUGUAAAGUUAAAGUAGAUAUUUCAACUUAAGAAAAAAUAUUUCAAAAUAUCUACUUAGAUAAAGAAUUAUUGAAAUUGAUAAAAAAAGAGCUACCAACUAUUUAUAAAUAUAUAUAUAAUCCAAUUACUCUAAAAAUUUAAUAAGAUGAUGUGAUUGUAGAUCCAUAAAUUGAUCAAAUAUAAAAAUAAGAAUUUAAAUAAUAAUUUUCCGCUUCUGACAAAGACUAUUAAGAUUAUCAAAAAUAAGUUAAUACAAUUGCUUAUACUAUUUUACAAAGGACUCCAGGUGUUCAGAUAGAAUAAAAUCUAAGACUUCAUAGAUAUAAGUUAUUUUAAGUUUUAGUAAUGGAUUAGAAUAUAGAAUAACCUGCUAGAUGUGUUAAUUGCCCUAUAUCUAAAGUAAUGAAUUUAAAAUCAAUAAUUUCUAAUUUUUAAUCAUAAAAAAGAAAAUAUAAAUAGAAUAUUAGACCUAUUAAGUGCGUUUUAUGUGAGAAAGAAUAUAGUUUUAAUGUAAAUAUUUCAAAAAUUGUCUAUUUUGAUACAAACUUGUUUAACGCUUAAGAAUAAGGACUUUUAGAAAAUGUUGAUUAAAUAAUAAGAUAUAAUGGAAAAAAAUUUAUGAAAGAAGAGUUUAUGUCAAAAUAAAAACUUGAUUUAUCAGAUUUUAAGUAAUAUCUUUAAUAAAGCUUUUAAUGUUAAAGAUUCACUUUUUUUAAUUUAUAUUGUAAUUAUAACAGUAGAAACAUUAUUAAACUGCCAUUAAUUCUUAAGAAUUGCCCAGAAUAGAGAAUUAUUGAAUUUGAAAGCUUUUAUAAUAGAAUUGAAUAAAUCUAGACAAAUGAUUACGAAUAAAAAUGUCUUUAAUUUUGUGAUUGUUAUUAUUGCUCAAAUAAUCGUUUUUCUUUUAAAGAAUUUCCUUUUAAUGUUUAUUUUCAUGAAGCAUUUUAUCUAGCUUUGAUUGAUUUUAAUAAUUAAAAUAGGAAUCAAAAUAUAUUAACAUAUGAUUUUGAAUUUAAUUGUAUUAUUGAAAAAUAAAAUAAUUUGUAAAUACCAUAAGAAAGCAUUCCAAUUGAUAAAUAAUAUUUUAAAUAAGGUUUUGUGUCUCUUUUAGAUGAUGAAUAGUAUUAAGAGCUCUUUUAGAUAAAGGGAAUAAAAGGAAAUUUUUAGUAUUAAAUUGUUUAAAGUUAAAUUGAGGUUGGAUUAGCAACUUUAACUAAUACUCAAGAAGGGUAUGAAUGGAGUACAAAGAAAGAAAUGAUAAAUUAAAAAAUGAAAAAUAAUACAAUAGCAAAUAAAUGGGGUUUUGAGAUUAUUAAAACUGAAACUUAAUUCGUAAACAACGAAUAGAAAAUACUAAAAGGAAAGGUUUCUUCAGAAUAAAAUUGA